AGUUACACGAGGGUUAUACUACUAGCGAGAUGCAAGAAGUCCGCUGUUGGAUAACAAAUCAUGGGGAAACGGAAGACUAGUUUGCUUCAAUGAAGAGGAUGAUAAGUUUGAAAGAUCAGAGAAUAAAAGAGAAAGACCGUACCAAAGUACAGGUGAAAAAAAAGAACGAUCCUUAAGAAAUAAAGGAAAAAGAAGUACCUGCAGGCCAAAAUAUGCAUCAUGGCUGUUCUUCCAGUACAACAGUCAGCUUGGUCCCCCUUAUCACAUCCUCGUCGACACCAAUUUUGUCAACUUCUCCAUCAAGGCUAAACUCGACAUAGUUCAGUCAAUGAUGGACUGCCUGUACGCCAAAUGUAUCCCAUGCAUCACAGACUGUGUAAUGGCUGAGAUAGAGAAACUGGGGAUGAAGUAUCGAGUAACUCUAAGGAUAGCCAAGGAUCCUUGGUUCGAACAACUGCCAUGCAACCACAAAGGAACUUACGCUGAUGACUGUUUAGUUUAAAGGGUAACACAGCACAAGUGCUACACCCUGGCAACUGUGGACAGAGACCUAAAGAGAAGAAUCAGAAAGAUCCCAGGAGUACAUCUCCAACCAUAGGUUCAACAUUGAAAGAAUGCCUGAUGACUAUGGUGCUCCAAGAUUUUAACAUUCAAUGGAUGGACAUAGAAUUUAAAUUCCAGUUGGACUGUGGCUUCUGUCGAGGACGAUUUGAUUGCCUGCUUAUUGUAUAUUGUCAAAGGACUUGAGUUCAUGCUGUUUUUUUUUUUUUAUGAAAAAAGGAAUGACAUAAUAUUUUUUGCAAGCUUAUUCUGGCUGUGUUUUUUUACCAAUCCAAACCUAAUUUUUGUCCCAUAAAAGUGCAAUAAAUUAAUGGGAGAAGUAAAAUGUCUCCAGUUUUUCUACUAUAGUACUCCUAGAGCUUUGAUAACUUGGAGAAUGCAUUUAUUAUACAGCCAUUGAGCUUUGCUGCAUGUAAAGUAUCCAAGAAUGAUGCCAAUACAAUAUAUUUGCUGUUAAAUGUUAAUAUAAUAGCUGCCCACUGUGCUGGCAUAUCAAGUACCUGCAAGCCAUUGCGGUUCACAGUAAAUUUAUCAAUAGACUAAUGCAUUUUCCGCUCAUCAUUUGUCUGUAAUAGAGGAGUAAUUUAGUUUGGCUAACGCCACCCACAGUAGACGAAAUGUGCAUGUCGUGGAAGAUGUAAUCCGUCAAAUAGAGCAUGCGCAGCUGCUGGGUUCUGGGAGUGUCUGAGCGGCGCAAUAUUGUAGCAGGCAUGAGAUCAGCACUCGCUACUGUGAAGCCAUGGGCGUUCAAACUGGACAAUGACUUGGACUGACAAGAAGAAUAUAAUGUCAAAUGGACUGGACUGAAAUGCGCCACCGGCUAAGCAGAGUGUCGAAGAAAUGUCAGAUCGAAUCUUUCCCGGCGUUUUGGAUAUAGACGGAAUCACCGCUCUGGGAUAACGGUGCCGGGUAUUAGUGCAUUGUAAUACAGUAGUUUGUUGUGGCCUACCCUGUUGGAAGACUGCUAUUUUUUCCGUUAUGUUGUAGGCAUUGUGUGUAUUCAUUAUUUCCAAGGUGCUGAAUUUAUCCUCGAUGUUGUAGGCCUAGUAUAAUGUGUUGAAUGUUGGCUGCCAGUUCACGCCUUUUCUAGUUUUGAUAAUUUUUGUGUAGUUUCAUGUUUUUCAGUGAUAUACUUGACUUAAUCUGCAUCUUAUAGAUCAUUGUGAUUUUUCUAAAGUGCCAAUACCCAUAUUGAUCAGAUAGUGAUUAUGACUAUUGAUGUAGCAAAAAUACCCUUUAAUCUCUGAUUUUGGAAGCAUUUCAUGUUUUUGAAGUUGAACUCAUCUGACAACUUAAGUGGACAAUUGUAACAACAUAUGGAACAUAUUUUCAAAUCUGUGUGCCAUUUUGUUCAUGAGGCACAGUAUUUGAAUUGGGAGACUAAUAGGCUACAGCCUGCAGUUUUGCAAAGUCCUACAUAUCCAGCGUGUCAUGAAUUGCUCAUGUUUCUCACCUGCUGUGGGAGUGUUACUUGCUGAGAAACUGCAAUCAGAUUGACAGUUAAAGGGCGAGGCUGUAAGCCAUUUGUGCCAGCCAGGUUCCAGGACUGGGGUCCGUUGUGUGGCGGGAUGCUGAGGACCACAGUGGGGUGUGUGGGGGUGGAGGAGAGAGAUGAGGAGCAGGAGGAUGAAGGUGAAGAGGACUUGCGGGAUGGAGGUGUGCCCUUCUUUGUGAACAGGGGAGGCCUACCGGUGGAUGAGGAGACUUGGGAGCAGAUGUGGAGGCAUGUGGCCCGGAUUCACCCUAAUGGUGAGGCCAUAGGGAAACGCAUCCGGGGAGCCAGUGAUCUGCCCAAGAUUCCAACACUGAGUGUGCCUACAUACCAGCCAACCACCAGUAUCCCACAGCGCCUAGAAGCCAUACAGAAAUACAUCAGGGAUUUGCAGUACAAUCACACAGGAACACAGUUUUUUGAAAUCAAGAAGAGCAGGCCUCUUACUGCGUUGAUGGACAUCGCCAAGGAGAUGAUCCGGGAGUCACUACCAAUCAAGUGUCUGGAGGCAGUGAUCCUUGGAAUUUACCUCAGCAACAGCAUGCCGGGUGUGGAGCGCUUCCCCCUCAGCUUUAAGACGCAGUUCUCAGGGAACCACUUUUGCCACAUCGUGCUGGGGGUGCACAGCGGUGGCCGCUUCGGGGCACUGGGCAUCAGCCGGCGGGAGGACCUCAUGUUCAAACCCCUGGAGUUCCGCACGCUGGCUGACCUGGUGCAGGAGUUUGAGGGGGCCUACAGGGGCUACUGGCACACCUUGAGAAAGGUGAAGAUUGGUCAGUAUGUGUCCCAUGACCCCCACAGUGUGGAACAGAUAGACUGGAAACACUCCAUAAUAGACGUGGACAAACUGACCAAGGAGGAGCUGCGGAGAGAGCUGGAGAGACACACCCGGGACAUGAGGCUGAAGAUUGGGAAGGCUGCGCCCCCUUCACCCACCAAAGACAGGAAGAGUAACAUGGGCUCGCCCCUCCGUAACCCAGGCAGCCCCAUGCGCAGGAACAGCCGCAUCGAGAGACGUCCAUCUGGAGAGAAGAAAGUUCUUGAUCCGAAGCCACCUCCAGACAUGAAUGGAUAUCAGAUUCGAGUGUGAGGAGGAUUUCACUUCAUAAAAUCAUCCUUUGUGUUCAGUUUUCCAAAUAGGUUUGUACUUUGUAAGCAAUUUAUUUCGCAUUCAACAAACGUGUGGUAUACUGUACAGAGCUUGGCCAUGUCAAUAACUGGUUAUUGACUAAAUGUACAGUACUAGUCAAAAGUUUGGUCACCUACUCAUUCUAAGGGUUUUCUUUAUUUUUAUUAUAUUCUACAU